AUGCCGAAUUUACCCGCGACUCUCUUCAGGCCAUGCGAGACCCUGUGGACACAAGAAGUUGAGAGUGUCCUCAGCAAGGGACCGAAGUUCUGCCUGGAAGUCCCUCUGCGCAAGCACGAGGCUUUGGCGACGGCGCAUAGGAUUGCUGACAGAGUUCAAGGCGAAGAGAAAGAACGUUGCCAUUUAGAAUGCGUAGAUGUGAUCCGCAAUACUUUCAAAGGCACGAAGAAAGGAAAUUCCAUGGUGAAAUCGGUAGCAAGCUUUUUUAGGAACUCAGAUCUCGCUUUGAUGACGGCCGAUAAGGAAGGAGGCUUUGUGGUCUUACCCCAGAAGCUUUUUAGCGAUAAGGCCAUGUCCGCUGUCUUAAAGAAUUUUAGGAUUGUAGAUUUGAAUCCGUCUAAAGUGAAGGCAAAGGCGGUUGCACUACUAAGGGAUCUGAAACUCGAUCGGCUAAAAAGUGAAGUGGUGAAAAACAAGGUCACUGUGCUCUCAGUGUUCUUCAGUGCCAAGAGCCACAAGAUGGAGUGCCCGUUCAGAGCCAUCGUUACGGAAACUGGUUCUUGGCAAGCUGCGGUCAGUCAGUACCUUCUGCGCCAUCUGGGAAGUCUGGCACCUGACGAUCCGUACAAGGUCAGCAGCUCAGAUCGUGUGGCGCAAGUACUAGGGGAUAACCUUUCUGCUGUCAACUCGGGUUUCUCGGUUGACAUUGAAGAGCUGUUCUAUUCCCUUCCCCAUGAAGACCUGAUCUGCGCAGUCCGGAACUGUAUUGAACGAUCUGGCGCUGUGUCUUUCCAGAACGCGUGUGGUAUUUCUGUGGAAGGUUUUCUAGAGUUGCUUAAGGCAUAUCUUUCUUCAACCAUUGUGAGUUUUCAGGAUAAAUUUUAUGUGCAAAAACGCGGCAUUUGUAUUGGGUCGUGCGUAGCCCCUGUUUUGUCUGAGAUUCUUUUAGCCGAUCUUGACCGCUCGCUAUCGCGGGUACUUUCUGACGACCGCAUCAUUCGUGUGUUCCGGUACGUUGAUGAUUUUUUGAUUCUUUUAAAUUUAGACCACAACGACGACUUGACACAGGUGGCUUCGGAGGUUUUAGCAUCCUUCAAGUCUGCUUUUGCCAGCUUUAAUUUUACUGUUGAACUUCCUGAAAAUUCUUGCUUGCAAUUCUUAGACUUAAAACUAUUUUUUAAUGACCCUGCCCACCUCUGCUGGGCUUACAUGCCUAGGUCGAAAAAAGCACCUCUACCCUUCAACUCGAGCCACUCGAAGCUGGUCAAGAGGGGGAUUGCGUCAACGUGCCUCAGGGCUUCGUUGGUGAAGUCCUGCCCUCAUAAGGUUCAGUCCAGUUUUGAUGCCCAAGCUGAUCGCCUUCGGUCGGCCGGUUUUCCGCUGGCCCUUCUUCGGGCUGUUGCCGAGUCCCUGUUGAAGUCCUUCCGAUUAAGUUCAAAGCCUCGUGGGGUGGACACACAGGAGAGGAGGAGGUAUGAAGUUAUGCCCAAUGUCCACAGGGUCUCGCAUGGCCUGAAGAGAGUCGCGGGUAAAUUCGGCAUUCAGGUUCUCUUUUCGGCACCUUAUAAGCUGUCUAGUCUGUGCAAUUUAGUUAGACCUGAUAGAAAAAAGAAAAUUGAGUGCUGCACUAACCACAGGAACAAGUUUGUGCCCUGUAGAGCGAAUGUCAUUUAUGAGAUUCCGCUGAGUUGUGGCAACGUGUAUGUUGGGCAGACAGGGCGCUGCAUUAAUAUUAGAUUGUUAGAACACGCUAAUUCCCUAGAUGAUUCUAGAGGACAGCAUCUUCCGAAGCAUUGCAAGACCUGCAGGCAUGACGGGAAUGCUUGUACCCCACUUUUCGGCAGGACUAAGAUUGUCGGACGCGCGAGAGAUAAGAAAGAGCGCGAAAUAAUCGAAGCCUUUGAAAUCGCGAGAUUAGGGCCUGAUAAAUGUGUUAGCGAAGCUUCCAUACAUUUGUACCGCAAGGAGUUGGCGUUUCUAGGCUUGACCACUUGAUAGCUGCAUUUGUCUUUGUGGCCGGUGCGCAUGCGU